GCCUGAAGCACUGCAGACCUUCUAACUAACACAAGACCCGGUUUAAAAGUGCUGCGAUGGACCUUUGCAUGCGUGUGCAGUGAUGUCGGGUCACGAGAAUGGGGAAACACCUUCCAAGGAGAAAACACACAUGAACUUUAACAACACACACUCACACAGAGCGGAGCGCUGAUGGUGAGAGAACGGCACACGAGACCGACUUGGAAAGCAACAUUUUUCAAACUAAAGAGCUUAAGUCUUUAAGUGGCAUGAAGGAGAAGGACAUGCACCCACAAUCCUCUGCUUCUGAACAUUGACGACAGGAGAGCCAGACAGGAAGCAGAGAUCCAGAGGCCAGUCGAGAUUUCUCUGUCACCUGAUUGGUGGAGCCAAAGGGAUGAGCUCCUGACGUCAGUGACUUAGGGUACGGUUCUUCUCUCUAUCUCAAUAGUGCUGCAUUGUCAUGUGAUCCCAAUGGAACUAACUUCUGAACACGCAGCACUCGAGUUACUUGUGAGGUUGUAAAAUGAGCUUGAGGCGACGUUGACAUUUCCAGCGUGGGUCUUAUAAUAUUACUGUGCUUUGUCUGAGAUCAGAAUCAUAAUGAAUGAAUCACACGGAAGGAUUCCAACGUAUUUCAGGAGUUACAAAUAAAUGACAAAUAAAUGAUUUUUGAAUGCAGACAAGUGUUUUUAAUGUUUUAUAUAAAUGUAAAAAACAUGUCAAGUUCACAGUUGUAUUUCUAAUACAUACACAGAUAUGAUUAAAUAUGUCUAAUUUUACUGAUUUAUUUAAAACAAUAAAUGUGUAUUUGUUUGAGAAAUAUAUUUGUGAACCUUGUACAUUGAAAAGUCAUGUAUAAGUCAUUAAUAUUUUGGGGGUGUUUUUGUGGUAUUAUACAGUGCAAAUCAUUCCGUAUACAUUGUUAUGGUACUGAAGCAAAGAAGAUUUAAAAUGACAAAUCUAAAGAGUCAGUCGAGUCAUGUUGCAUUAUGGGAGCCAGUUUUUGAACACAAAAGUCGAUAUCUCUGAUUCUACUGCAAACUGCAUUAUGGGAAAUGUAAUAUCCCAAUGUGGGCUUGACCCGCACCGGAGGGUUUCAUCUUUCUUUUGAAGCUCAGAGCUUGGAAAGGAAAGCACAACAAUAAGUUUCUGGGUUCCUCCUCCAACGCGACGGUCUGCGGCGUCACAUCGCUGUGGAAGUGCACUCGACACUUUGUCAGCGCUCAGCUUCUGACUUUUCCUGUCGGUGACCGUCUCUUUGGUCUGACGCACACAUGUAUUAAUAAAGGGAGUGAAUGUGUCAGCCUUCCAAGAACACUUGUGUUGUUUGCUUAUUUCCGUGUUGACACAUGCAGUCCCUCUCCAAAGGAACUUCCUGUUUACGGCCAGCUGUGCACCGGUGUUUCCUGACUGAGAGCCUGGCCUCUGAGCUCUGACCCUCUGACCCCGGAGGGGCAGGGGGGUCGACGCGGAGAAAAUGCGGUGCACCACCCUCUUGGCCCUGCUGAUUGGGGUCAUGCUGUACCUGGUGAUGGGAGCGCUUGUUUUUGGUACCCUGGAGCUCCCCCAGGAGAAUUUGGCAUUUGAAGACCUCCUCGCUACCAAGAACACUUUCCUUGAUAACAACUCCUGUGUUACCGAGCGGGACUUCUACGAGCUCGUGAAGGGGGUGGUGUCUGCGGUGGAGUCGGGACUGGAUGUGAACAACCUUUCUGCCAACUUCUCCACCCGCUGGGACCUGGCCUCAGCCUUCUUCUUCUGUGGUACCAUCAUUACCACCAUAGGUUUUGGCAACUUGUCUCCUGUGACGUGGUACGGCCAGUUGUUCUGCGUGUGCUACGCUCUGGUGGGCAUCCCCAUGUUUGGCAUACUGCUGGCUGGAGUGUGUGACCACAUGGGCACAGUGCUGCGGAGGGCCGUGGCAAAGAUCGAGACCCUCUUCCUGAAGCGUAAAGUCAGGCCGACCACUGUGCGUGUGAUCUCGGCGGUUCUCUCCAUCCUGAUUGGUUGUCUGAUCUUCCUCGCUGUGCCGACAGUUGUGUUUCAGAAAGUGGAGGACUGGUCAUUUCUGGAGUCGCUCUACUUUGUGGUCAUCACUCUCACCACUGUUGGCUUUGGAGACUAUGUACCAGGUGGCCGUGAGGACGACUGGUUCUUCAAGCCGCUGGUGUGGUUGUGGAUAGUGUUUGGUCUCGCCUACUUUGCCUCCAUCCUCACCAUGAUAGGCAACUGGCUGAAGGUGCUGUCGAAGAGGACCCGUGCUGAGAUGGAGGAGUUGAGGGCCCACGCUACAGACUGGACUCAGAAUAUUCAGAACAUGUCCAUGGACUUCCGCAUCCCAAACCCGAUGGAGUUCAACGACCCGUUCCUCCUGCAGCGCCGGCGCUGGAAACGCAGUGAGCGUCGCCGCAUGCGACGGGGAGCCCAGGGCACUCUGGGGUACUUGGCUCGAGGAGGAUCCGAGAACGGACACCUGCCGAACCGCUGGGCCGGCCUGUCCAGCUCCAUGAGCCGGCUGGAGGCGCAUUCCUCUCUUGAGAGGGCGUUGGUGGCCAGGUCCAAGCCGCGGGUCAGAGCCGCCGGAGGUGGAACGGUCCCGAGGGCGGAGCCUGCGUUGAGAGUUCACCCCGCCGCGGCUCUGCCGGUGGAGGGCCGGCCGUUCCCCCACCUGUUGGCCCGCUCGUUCUCCCUCCCUGUGGCCCACUCCACCUUGCAGCUGGACUCAGCAGGUGCAGCGACGCGAGGAGGAUCCGUCUCUGGAUCCGAGUCUCCUUUUGACUCCAGAUCAGACGUUUCCUCGGUCUCCUCGUCCUUCUUGGCGCGCCAUAAUUUCCAGCCCUGCUGUACAGUCGGCACCACGGAGGAGGGAGGAGCGAGGGCCGCGCUCAUGAACGCAACACAAGAGGAGGACAAGCUGAUUCCAGCAGAGUACGCGUCUGUCAACAAAAAUAACAACAGACGCACUCCCGCUCCUGGCUCGCACCCUCGCUUCGCCCCUCUUCCACCUUCUCGCCUCCAAAUCCUCCUUCCUUCGCCUCCCCUCCAUGCGGCCUCCUCGGCCAGCUGCCAGCUGCUGGAUUUCUUCGGAGAGAAUCUGGCGUACAUCGACGAGUCCUCGGACACGCUGAGCGAUCGCGGCCAGCCAGGAGCGAGGGAGGAGAAAAGGAGACUGCCGCGAAAGCCGAAGCGGAGGAGUAUGAGGCGGCAGCUGUCCCACAAGUGGAGCCCCUUGCAGGUGAGGAGGCCCAGCAGUGACAUGCAGCCGCCGUCAAACCCCCCCACUCCCCCUCCAGAGGCCUCUCUUUCAGAGAGCCAGACGGGAUCGGGCCGACACUCUGACAGCCAACAAAGUAAAUGAAGAUAAUGUUCCAGGAUAUUGUUUUAUUGAAGGCGAGCCUCACAACGUGAGCCCACGAGAUUUAUUUUGUGAUCCGAGGAGGUUAAAACUCUUGGAGACUUUUUCCCUCCAUGCUACUUAGUGAUCUGACGGAGCUCAAUGGAAAUCUGUUGGGGACAAACUGCUUCCCUUCAGACACGAGGACGAGAUGACAUCAACCAAGCCAACUGACAUCUGCUCUCCAGCCGUGACGUUGAGCGACUUCACCGAGACGAUGUCCAUCAUCUGAUUAUAACUGAGACUUAUUCGUUCUCACUAAUCAUCUGAGCUCAGUUCUGCUGCGUACAACAAUAUCUUUAUCAACCAAGCGAGUCCCAGUGAGCUCCUAACGGGCUCCGUGGCGCUGUGGCAAAGCCAGAAAUAUGUCACAAGUGGCCGUUAGGACCUUUAAAUAAAUUCUACGGGGCAUAGAUGUGUGAACAAGUGUUCAUGGAAGUGUCAUCAACAGUUGGGGGAUAUUUCACUGCUCCAGGGCAAAUUAAUCAUUUUCAUCAAGAUGAAUCAUCUGGGAACCAUGAAUAUCUAUUUCAUGAUAAUCCAUCCAGAAAUUGAGACAAUUCAGUCUGGAUUAAAAUGGUGGAUUAAAGGACGUUGCCAGGUUGUCCCUACAUUAACCAAAGAGGAUUAUUAAACGAGGGAGUCAUGCAUCCUUUUAAAAUCGAUCACAUGUUUAAACAGCCGUUCACAGGUUUCAGAGGUUUUAAGGGACUAUGAGUCAAUUAUUAUCCUGACAUCAUUACACAUGUUUAUCUACUUUGUUCAUCUAUCUUUCCGCUUCUGAGUUCAAUCGAUUCUCGGCAAGACAAAUUCAUAAUUAGCUCCAUGAGGCGAACUGACUUUGGGGUUUGGGAACCAUUCAGAAAAAGUAGUACCUUUUUAUAGAAUACAACAUUUAACAGGGAAGAACAACGGGGGACAAGAGCACUGGAGAUUUAAACACAAUAUAUGCAUUAGUUUAUUUUUUAAGUGUGACAUCAACAAAAACUAAAUAGAUGAAAUGCUUCAGGACCUCGGUGGCUGUAAACCUUCCCGGGGAAAACCCUCCGGAGGGAGAACCCAGACCACAGCAGAUUGGCAUCGAAGCGUCCCACCAGGUCACUCCUCCGUGUGACGCGGUGAUACGAGUUGCUUGAGGGAUGAAAUGGUCACUAACAACUGCUCUUGAAUGUUUGAAGAGGUACAAAGGGUCAAAGUUACUGGCCACUGCUCCGUAAUAAAACUGUUGUGCUCUUUCCGCCAUGAUCAGCACCUUUAUGGAUGGAAACGUUCAGGUCUUAAAGCAACGCUGAGGUUACUUUGAAGGUUUGUGGUGUUUAUCAACUUUAAUACCCCGUUUCCUUAAAUCACCGUUGGUCCUUCUUGUGACCACUUUGCCUCUUGGAUGAUACAGUUUGUUUGUAUUUUACUCUUUUUAAAGACUGAACCCCUCUGCCACGUAAACAGCUCUUUGAACUAGUGUGUACACCUUGUCAGUGCUUUACGUCCUCAGUUGAUCUGUUAGAUGCUGCCUUAUGUCUUAAAGUGAUGACUACAAGACUUCUCUAAACACACGCGGCUGUUUGAUGUUAACCUGAACAGAGCUCGCCUGUAAAGAUGCCUUCGUAAAAAUAUUAUCGUGUCAACUUUCAGUAACAUUUCAAGAAAUGCACUAAUGUGCCAACAAAGGACGUGAAGGAGAAGACCAGCUCAAUAUUUGCAUUCAACAGAUCUGUUAGACCUCAAAGACACACAAUAUGUUUUGGUGAAUAACGGUGACUGUAGAAUAUGUUUACGAACCACUCCACACGGCACCUCUGAUGUAACGUCUGUGGUGCUCUGCAGUGAUGUUGACUCCGGUUUCUCAGCUUCAUCCUACUCACACAUUCUAAGCUGUUUUUGAGAGUGUUCACCUUCAUGCUCCACCUCUUCCAACCAUGCCUUUCAUUUUCUACAAAUAUAGCCUGUAAAAAUAUAAAAUGUAGAUAUGUAAAGAUAUUCAGGUGUUUCCCUGGAGUCCUCUUUGAAAUGUUUAAUCGGCAUGGUAACAUUCUAUUUUGAUGUAUUGUAUAAUUGCAUUUGAGUAUAAAAAGGUAAAGUAA